AUGUUUUUGCAGGUAGUAUCGUACAUUGGUACUGUUGUCGGUUUCCUUUUUCUGACUUUAUCGAUAGCAUCCGGUUUGUACUACGUCAGCGAAAUAGUGGAAGAACAUAGUGAACCGACAAGAAGAUUUCUAUCAAGAGCUAUCUACACAAUCAUGGUUAUUUUGGUACUCUUACUUCUCUUCGACAAGUUCCCAUUCAAAUUGACACUAUUCUCUAUAAUCUCACAUGUUAUUUACUACCAGAAUUUGAAGAAAUUCCCAUUUAUCUCGUUAACAAGUCCAACCUUCAUUCUAAGUUGUCUUUGUGUUAUUCUAAAUCACUACUUUUGGUUUAAGUAUUUCAACCACGUCGAGAUUCCACCUCAAUUCAAAUAUAAUCCAAACUACGUACCACCAAGACGUGCGACUUUCUCCGAAGUGGCAUCAUUCUUUGCGUUAUGUAUCUGGUUCAUACCCUUUGCUCUCUUUGUCUCCCUAUCUGCCGGCGAUUACGUUUUACCAACCACCACCGAAAUAAAUAAGAAGCAAGAUGUUACAGAUCUAGAUAGUGAGGCUCCAAAGAGGUUACGUAAGAAAACCGUUGGUUUGGCUCGUGUAGUCAUCAAUAAUAUUAGAAAACAGAUACGUCUCGUCCUUAGAACACUUGGAUUCGACAUCGAACCAGAAUAUGAGCCUUUGGCUAUCUGA